AUGAGCAGAAUUCUAUCAGUGGCUGAUAUGUUUGACACUCUUUUACUUGUCAAAAAAUGCGAGGAAUUUCUGGUUAAUGAUUCAAAAUUGGGAUUAAAAAAGAAGUUAGAAUUGGCUGGAAAUUAUAUGAUGGAAGAGUUGAAAAAAAUGUGCUCGGAUCAAAUUAAAUCAAGAGCGGAUAUUCGAUCAGUCAUUCCAGAGGAUCCCAUUCACCCGGAUCCAGGUCACCCGGUCAGGGUACCCGGAUCCAGGUCAACCGGAUCCAGGUCACUUGGUCAGGGUUACCCGGAUCCAGGUCAACCGGAUCCAGGUCACCUGGUCGGGUCACCUGGUCAGGGUCACCUGGUCAGGGUCACCUGGUCAGGGUCACCCGGAUCGAGUUCACCCGGAUCCAGGCCACCCGGUCAGGGUCACCCGGAUCCAGGUCACCUGGUCAGGGUCACCCGGAUCAAGGUCACCCGGAUCCAGGUCAACCCGGUCAGGGUCACCCGGAUCAAGGUCACCUGGAUCCAGGUCACCUGGCCAGGGUCACCCGGAUCAAGGUCACCCGGAUCCAGGUCAACCCGGUCAGGGUCACCCGGAUCAAGGUCACCUGGAUCCAGUUCGCCCGCAUCCAGGUCACCCGGUCAGGGUACCCGGAUCCAGGUCAACCGGAUCCAGGACCCAGGACCUAGGACCCAGGAUCCCUGGGUCACCUUCUCUAGAGCCGAGAGAAUUUUUUUAUGUAUAUACGCCUCAGGCGCUUCAACACUGGGUGAUUCGCGAAGGAAUUUUCCAAACGGAAGACAACGAUGUCUCUCGAAAAAGCAGUGUGUGAUUUGUAGCUGGUUCUGGUAUCUCUGCGGAGGUCUGAUCCUUCUGGCAAUCAUCGGAUCAAUUGUCGGAAGUGUCUUGUGCUGCUGCCGUGGACGUGGCAGAGGUGAAACCGAUCAAUCGAUCGAUGAAGAGGCCAGUGAGCCGAGUGAUCAGAGUCAGAAGCCUUGA